AAGUUCAAGCGCUGGGCAAGACUGCGACUUCCCAAUGGGCAGAUCGCUCGCUGUGCAUGGAAGGAAAAACUCAAGCGUGCAGAGAACGUCCGCAUGUCGCGCAAUGUAAAGGAUGACAAUGACGAGGAGUUCGAGUACAUUGACGAUGAAAUCUACCGCUUUGUCACCGUCACAAUGGUCUCCGUCUAUUCUCGCCCGGACCCAGAACUACUGCAGAAGUCAGCACAGACCGUUUGGUCAUGCACAUAUCAUGGCAACGAGGCGCUGCAGCUAGUCAGCGUGAAAACAAUACAUUCUGUAGUCGCUAUGGUACCUCAUCGUCCUAAACUCCCAUCAGGAUUGGUAGAGGAUCGCUUUUUUCUGGUUGAGAAGCCUGGGCUUGGUUUGGUGUCUGUUGAUGAGGAGAUGGGAGACGACGCCGACGAGGAUGAAUAG